AUGCAUCUGCGAGGUCUCACUUUUUAUGCGCCGCUCGCCGCCGCCCUCUACACGCCGUCGUCUGGGGUGCUCGCCGGGGCCGGGGCGGAGUUUGCGGCCGGGGCGCUGCUCCAGCCGAUCAAGCCGUGCGGAGACGAAUGGUAUAAUCCAAACGAGUACAUCUGCCACGACGGCUCCCUCUGCCCGGUCAUCAACGGCGAGCCGCUGUCGCGCUGCGGCCGCGCCUGCUUCUCCCGGUACAUGUACACCUGCACCAACGGCACCGACCUGCAGCUCCUUCCCACCCUCACCCGGGGCCGGUUCUCCCUGCGCGCCGCGAACCCGCAAGACAGUAGCAUCCGGCCCCCGGCGGCGCCCCUCCCGCCGCCAUACGGCAGCACGAAGCCACCGCCGCCCAUCGACGGCCAGCCGAUGACCGCGUGCCGGCUGACCUGGAACGUCGGCGGCAUCACCUGCAGCUACUGUCCUACGCCGCCGGCCAACCCGGCGGUGUGUCCCGCGGGCAACACGACCGCGCUGCUGGCGGGGGACAACGCGAUGGACGUGGUGGUGCCCGGCGGGCAGGCCUUUUCCCUAACGGCCGGGUGGACGGUGGGGUACACGCAGGCGCACUCGGCGACGCAGCCGCCGGACACUUCUCUGCCGCCUCGCGGUCACCGCCUACUUCCUCCGCGCGCCGCCGGUGCCCAAACCGUCACCGUCCGCAUCGACCCGUGCGCCCCCGUCAACGGCGAGGUCCUCGCCCACUGCGGCCCCGUAUGCUACUCGCUGUACCGCUUCACCUGCGGCGACGGGCGCCACCUGACCGAGCUCCCCGCCCCCACCGGCGCCUUCCGACUCCGCGCCGAGGGCGACGGCCUCUCGCCCCGCAGCCAGCCCGUGACCGCGUGCCACCUGCGCUGGGACGUCGGCGGGCGGACCUGCUCGCGCUGUCCACAAACCGCCGGCGGUGCCCGCACCGCCCCGCUGCCCUGUCCCGCCGGGGACGUGGCCGUCGUCGCGCUCUCCGGCGAGGACGGCGAGGCCGGCAUGGCGGCCGAGGUGCCCGGCGGCCAGGCCGUCUACCUCACCCGCAACUUCACUGUCGGGUACCGCCCGGCGCGCACUCGUUGA